GGGGCAAUGCUGCUGCGGCCGCUGCGGAGCUGGGCUUCCUGGGCGCUGCGCCGCGACAGGCCCGGGAGCCCCGCCUCCAGUCCGGGGUUGCCAAGGGCGCAGCGUUGGGCCUGGCCUCGGGGUAGAGAAAAUGAAAAAGAGAAAAAAUCAGUGAUAUGUGUCGAGGGCAAUAUUGCAAGCGGGAAGACGACGUGCCUGGAGUUCUUCUCCAACACAACUGGCAUCGAGGUGUUAACGGAGCCUGUGCCCAAGUGGAGAAAUGUCCGAGGCCAUAAUCCUCUGGGUCUGAUGUACCAGGAUGCCUGUCGAUGGGGCCUCACGCUGCAGACAUAUGUGCAGCUCACCAUGCUGGACCAGCACACUCGUCCUCAGACAUUGCCUGUACGGUUGAUGGAGCGGUCGAUUCACAGCGCAAGAUACGUUUUUGUAGAAAACUUGUAUAGAAGUGGGAAGAUGCCUGAAGUGGACUAUGUGGUCCUGUCGGAAUGGUUUGACUGGAUCGUGAGGAACAUUGACGUGUCCAUUGACUUGAUAGUUUAUCUCCAGACCACUCCUGAGACCUGUUACCAGAGGCUAAAGAUGAGAUGCAGGGAAGAGGAGAAGGUCAUUCCACUGGAAUACCUGGAUGCUAUUCACCACCUGUACGAAGAGUGGCUCAUCAAAGGGAGCCUUUUCCCCGUGGCGGCCCCUGUUCUGGUGAUUGAGGCUGACCACGACAUGGAGAAAAUGUUAGAACUCUUUGAACGAAACCGGCACCGAAUACUAAUUCCAGAGGAUCGGAAGCUUGGUCCAUAG